AAGAAGUUGCACCAAUGACCUCCAGUUCAAACGCUACGCAGACAUUUUGGACUAAAGAUAUAAAGGUAGCAAGAGAGGCCUAUUCCACAAUAAAAGGCGACCAAGCUCAAGAUUUUCUUAAAGAAUGGAGAAAAGUCCAGGAUAACACAAAGGAGGGACCUCGAGAUUCUGUUCUAGAGGAUGAAGAACUGUUGGAUAUUAUCGAGGAAGUUGAAAAUGCAGAAGAAGUUCAAAACGUUGUCAGACGAGCACCAAGAGGACCACAGGACAUGCAUAAAACGUCGAGGAAUUUAAGAAGACUCGUAUCAAGAGACGAUGUUGACGAAAACAUUGCAGAAAAACAAGAAAUGAAUUUACAACAUAUUCUUAGAAAUUUACAGACAUACUACACACAGCAAUCUAAAGAGAAAACCCGCCAACCCCAUGUUGAAACAAUCUUUAGCAAACCUCAAAAACCUAGUCCCAAACCAAAGAAAAGCAUUCGAGAAUUUCAUGUCGUUGAAACAGAAAAUCCACAUCAUACUUCAGUUGUUCGAGUCGAAUCAUUCGAUGAGAGUUCAAACAAAUACUCCGUGAAAACUGAAAGCGGGGUGUAA